GUGUAAAAGUGCGCAUGCCUUUGUGUGUGCGAGCGCGACUCCCAUCUGAUGAAUGGAUCCUGCUCGCGUAUGGACAAUUUUUUAAAUCGUCUAAUUCUGGAUUCAAUGCAUUUAUCAGUCGUGACCAGUGAUGUCUUGGAUUCUAAUGUGGUCCCUACUUUCUGCUUGUGCACCACAGAUCCAUAGUGCAUCUGCUCAGGAUUCUUCUAACCUGCUGUCCACUGAAGAACCCAUCACCCCGCAGCCCUAUAAUCGCAGCCAGUACUGCCAAUGGCCCUGCAAAUGCCCCAAAACUCCUCCCAUGUGCCCGCCAGGUGUCAGUCUGCUUAUGGAUGGCUGCGAUUGCUGCAGAGCCUGUGCCAAACAGGUCAGGGAGGCUUGCAAUGAGAAAGAAAACUGUGACCAUCAUCGCGGCCUUUACUGUGAUUACAGUGCAGACAAGCCUAGGUACGAAAAAGGAGUAUGUGCGUUUCUGCCAGGCACUGGCUGUGAGCACAAUGGUGUGAUUUAUCGCAAUGGACAGAGCUUUCAGCCCAACUGCAAAUAUCAGUGUCUUUGUGUGAACGGGGCGAUCGGGUGUGUGCCGUUGUGCAAUGAGUCUCAGCCGCCCAGGGUUUGGUGCCAGAACCCGCAGAGGGUUAAAGUCCACGGCCAAUGCUGUGAGCUGUGGAUCUGUGAUGAAUCCAGAAGGGGGCGCAAGACCGCACCGCGACACACGAUGGCGGCUCUGUCCAGCGUGAAGAAGAACUGGCAUAAGAACUGUGUGGCCCAGACAACCUCUUGGAGUCCCUGCUCGAAGACCUGCGGUCGUGGCGUCUCUUUACGAAUCACCAACAACAACAAAAAGUGUGAGAUGGUCAACGAGAGCAGACUCUGCAACAUCCGGCCCUGCAAUGUGGAUAUCACGAAACACAUCAAGCCUGGAAAGAAGUGCUUGAACAUCUACAGAGCAGAGAAGCCUCAAAACUUCACCAUCUCAGGCUGCACCAGCACAAACACCUACCGGCCCAAGUACUGUGGAGUGUGUACAGACGAGCGCUGCUGCAUCCCCUACAAAUCCAAAACUAUUGAAGUCGACUUCCAGUGCCCGAACGGCCCCGGAUUCACCUGGCAGGUCAUGUGGAUCAAUGCCUGCUUCUGCAACCUGAGUUGUAAGAACCCUAAUGACAUAUUUACUGAUCUAGAACAGUACCAUGAGAAGCGGGAGAUCUGAAACUGCGUAGAUACAGUCAAUAUGAAGACUUGGAUUUAUAAAAUUGAUCAUAUUUAACAGACAGUUGUUUUAGGGGCAUUUUUCUUUAUAUAAGACAUUUUCCUAUUGGAAAAAUAAAAUAUAUGCCAGAGUAAUUGGAGGUUCAUUCCUCUGUGGCAACCUUUGAUAAAUCAGGGACUAAGCCAAUGCAUAGUGAGUAAGUGAUAUAUAUCCUAAUUUAUGUGAUUAUUUCAUAUUAAUAAGUGGGUCAAAGUCGAACAAGAAUUUUUAAGCAUGUAAUUUUUCCAUGAUUUACAG